CGCAUGUCCCACACGCGCGGCAUGCAUGUCGUGCUACCGCAGCUAAUACUUAACAUGAGUAGGCAGCACCUAGCGUGUGUAACUCUCUUGCUCGAUGACUGUCACCGAUGGAGCAGCCUAUCCUUCCUUACAACAAGCGGUGGAACUAUCCCCCGUGUUGCACAAGCUUUCUGAACGGGCAUCCCGAUACAGCAUCAAUCUCAACGGUCGGAUCAAUCGCACCUUGGGAAGGCUCCCUCAGCGCGGUAGUACUGCCAUCGUAUACCAAGGUACUUUGAUUCCCGACGGCACCGAAGUAGCAAUCAAAACCUUCCGUUGCACACUGUCGGGGAGUGAGGCUGACUUGAAGCGUUUAUUUCGGGAGGUGCAUAUAUGGUCGAAGCUGCGUCACGAGAACAUUGUUCCCCUGCUCGGGAUCUCUACAGAAUUCGAUUCCACACUUUCGAUCAUAUCUGAAUGGAUGCCAUUGGGGAACGCGAAUACUUAUGUCCAAAAUACGGAGAAUGAUCCGCGGCCGCUGCUCGAAGACGUCGCAAGCGGACUCGACUAUAUCCAUAGUCAUGAGUUGGGUCCAGUAGUCCAUGGCGAUCUGAAGGGGCUCAACGUGCUGGUGUCUAGUGAUCACCGGGCGCUACUGAGCGACUUCGGUCUUUCCACCCUAAACAUAUCCACGUUCAGCAUGUCCAUCGACGGCGUCUGCGGAGGCUCGUGCCAUUGGAUGGCCCCAGAGCUUCUGAGUGGUUGCCCCCUGUCAGUGGCGAGCGACGUUUGGGCAUUUGGGAUGACGAUUCUGGAGUUGUUCACUAGAGCGGUACCUUUCCGUGAUUGUUCAUCUCCCGCAAAUGUGUUCGGUAAGUUAAUGAAUGGGAAACUACCGCCUCGCCCUGCUCAGGAGUCAACACAAUUUCGCUUGUCGGAUGCAUGGUGGGAGAUUUGCAUGGCGUGCUGGAGGUCUGAUCCUUCAUCACGUCCUACUAUGAAGAAUAUCACAGAGAAUGUCAAGGCUGCCAUCUCCCAAGCUGGGCCAGCCUUAAUGCCACCUGAAACUCCUGCCUCGAAAGUGGCAAAAAGUCUCCUGAUACCACGGAAUCUUGAGGUCAUCGAAAGUGAUACUGCGACAGACCACGUGUCAGAAAGCACCGUGUUGAUGAGGACUGCACUGGAGUACCCAGCUUCUGCUGCCCACACUACCAUGUCCGCUCUCAGCACUGAGUUUUUCACAUGUCUCGUUUCCCAACCUCCUGUCAUGUCAGAAAAUGAUAAGUGUAUACUAUCAGCUCCGCCCACAGCUGACAAGAACGAUUCUGUCAACAUGAAUCAAAACAACCUCAAGGAUGAUUUUCUGUCAACAGCUGCGAGGUUGCCAGUGAGCUUCAGGAGCCAGAUGACACCUUCACCUCUGACAUUCAAAAAUGAAUCCCAAGGAAUUGCGGAAGCAUGUAGGGAGGACAUUGUUGAUGGGACCAACCGGUUCAGGGAAAAGUUCGACAAAGUUACAGGGCAUAGGGGUGUCGGCGUGGGGCACGAUCUAACUUCUCAUACAAGUGAAGUCAAAGCCACUAGAUGUACACUUGAAGAAUCCAGCAUGGUUUUGGUAGACACUCCCGGGUCCGAUGGUACGACAAAAGCCGACUUGAAUGUCCUGGAGAUGAUAUCUGAUUGGCUGAACAAGGAAUACCGGAAGGGGACCACGCUUGCAGCCAUUCUCUACUUUCAUCGCAUAACGGACAAUCACAUGCCAGCUAGAACCCCACUGAAGAACCUGCGAGUCUUCCAAAAGUUGUGCGGAAAAAAUGCCAUGCCCAAAGUCGUCCUGGUCACUACAAUGUGGGAUGAAGUGGAAGAGGAUGUUGGCCAGCAGAGGCUGAUGAAGCUCAAGGACGGUUAUUGGAAGGUGAUGACGUCCGGAGGGUCUACAACAUUCGAGUAUAUGAAUACGCAAGCAUCAGCCAUGCAGUUACUUAAAGCCAUUGAAUGCCAAGAGAGGAAGCAAGAAGGAAUACGGUUGCAAGAAGAGAUUUCAGAAAUGGGGUUGGAAUUGCGGGAGACUGCUGCCGGGCAGGUAUUGUGUUGUACUUUGGAAGGCCUCGCAGCGAUGCGGAUGGAAGCGCUCCGAAAAAUCCAAGCUGGGAGCAAGGGGACAGACGAGAAGGCCAUCCAAGACCUCUGGAAAGAAUAUACCCAGAUGAACGCUCAACUAACCUCUGCUUUGACCGAGGCGCGAUUACUGAAGAUGUCGGUCAAGCAACGCUCAAACAAAAGCAUUCGCACAGGAUGGAGAAAAACUGGGGGUGAGAAGACAACGAAGGGUCGAAGAUCCAUGUGAUGACACGGGCAGAUUCAUGAUAUUUAUUUUUCCUUUUUCAUCUGUGAUUCCUACCUCAUGUUCUUAAGUGUUCCUGACAUACUAGUGACACCUGUGAAUGCACAAAUACAAAUACACCCAGGAUCCUCACGGGAAUAAAUGCAGUGUCAGUGCAAGUGCUGAGUGGAAUACACAACCAUAGGAUACCCUGAAUUCUUGCAACAUCAUUCAUAUAAGCAGAGGAGGAAAAAGACAUCAG